AUGGAAGAUAUGAGCACAACAUCUAGGGUGUUAGCUCCAUCAGGCGAUCCUAGUGCCAUAAGCAUGCGGCAGCAACCACCGCCACCAAUUUAUAUAACUUAUGGGCCAUCACCAACUCCCCCACCACUACCACCACUAAGUUCUUCAGAAUUGUUCAUAAGAGCACCACCACCACUCAGUCAUCCUUGUGAGGAUCUACUUUCUGGAAGAGAAGACUACAUCAAUACUUGCGUUCCUUUAUACCAAGCGUCAUUUAAUGGAGAUUGGGAAGCAGCAAAAAUCAUCCUUAAUAAACGAUUAGAGCUGGUACGAUAUAGCAUCACACACAAUUUUGACACUGCACUUCACAUUGCAACAGCUGCCCAACACACCAAGUUCGUUGAAGCUCUUGUGGAAUUAAUGGAAGCAAAGGACUUGGAACUUCAAAAUAUUCAUGGCAACACAGCUCUCUGCUUUGCUGCUUCAGCUGGAAACAUGGAAAUGAUUAAAAUUAUGGUGAGUAAGAACAGGAGGCUACUGACCAUCCCUGGUGCUCAAGGAAUGAUGCCACUGUACAUGGCUGCAUUAGUCGGAAACCAUGACUCGGUGAAUUAUCUAUAUGAUGAUUCUGAUAAAAUGACCGGUGACUUUUGGGUGCAUCGAAAUCGGGUUUGGGUCUUAAUAAAAUGCAUCGAGGCUGAUCUUUUUGAUAUUGCACUAAAGAUAGUAGUUGACCGGCCGGAAGUUGUUCCAAAUGUGGGUGUACUUCUAGCUUUGGCUCAAAAGCGUCAUGCCUUUGACGAUAUGAAACCAAAUGUUUUUCAGGGAAUUGUUAAAUCAAUUGAUGUGAAGUUAGGAGUUACAGAAGCGAGAAGGGAAGCCAUGAAGUUAGUAAGACUGAUUUUGAAAAAUAUUAUGAGAAUGCGUAAGAAGUUUGUUGACGAGUUACUCAGAGGCCCUCAUGACACAAUGAUGAAAAAUGGAAAGGCAGUCCCGGAUAUGAAAGACGGAAAGCGGAUGUACUCUUCCAGAAUACUAUUUGUUGCUGUAGAAAUGGGAAACACUAAUUUCGUGAUCGAGCUCAUUAGUCAAUAUCCUGAACUUAUAUGGGAGCUAAAUGAUAACAACCAAAGCAUAUUUCAUGUUGCUGUCUCUCAUCGUCAGGAGAGAAUCUACAAUUUAUUAUAUGAUAUAGGCUCCAUGAAGGAUAUGAUAACUCGUCUCGAAGACCCUGAAGGAAAUAAUAUGUUGCAUUUGGUUGGGAAGAAGGCAGAGAAAAACCAACUUCAGAAUGUCUCGGGAGUCGCUUUUCAAAUGCAACGAGAAUUAUUGUGGUUCAAGGUAAAUAUGUUUCUACUAGCUUCUGUUCUGGGCUGCUUGCCAUAUUUCUUCCUUGAAUUUUUAUUUUCUUUCCGGUGUUGA